CGCGCAUGCACAUUAAAAACUCGUGACUGGGUGCAGUCAAACGUAUCGCUCCUCCCACCAUGUCAUUGUGACCUAUACCGGCAAGGUCAAGGUGAACUAUUGUAAACACCGCCUAAACCACAAGCCAAGCUAAAACAUGGAUUUCCUUGAAACUUGCGUUGUUCUGCUUAUGGCAUAUCUUGUUCUGAAGUAUUUAGGGGCACUUGUAACUCCGAAGUUAGAUCUGGUGAUCGGAGGUUACUGUCAUCCUAAGUUUAAGAAGGUUGAGGAGCUAAUAAUGAAGAAAGUGAUAAGCGGAAAGGAAAAGGGUGGGGCUUUUGCUGUCUAUAAUCGAGGUGAGGUGUUGAUUGACAUGUGGGCGGGGUAUGCUGAUGAGGAAGCCAAGAGGCCAUGGACACGAGACACAAUGACAGUCACGUUUUCCACUACAAAAAGUAUCGCAGCUAUAACUAUUGCUAAAAAGGUAGAAAGUGGUUGGUUGGACUACAGCAACCUUGUAUCCGACUAUUGGCCAGAGUUCGGCUGUAACGGAAAAGAAAACAUUACAGUUGAAAUGCUGCUCAGCCAUCAGGCUGGUUUGGUGUGGCUUAAUGGCGAGAAGACAACAUUACGAGACAUCCGGGACUGCCCUGCUGAGUUUGAGAAGCUGUUAGAACGCGCAACUCCCGAAUGGCAGCCAGGUACCAAGCGGGGAUACCACACUGUAACAUACGGCUACUUUGUUGAUACACUAGCAAGGAAGGCCGACCCGAAGCACAGAAAUAUAUCAACAAUAUUCAAGGAGGAAAUUCAAGAUCCAUAUGAUAUCGAUUUUUAUAUCGGUCUCCCAAAGGAACUGAGCUACAGGAUGGCGAGAGGGCACUACCUCACUAUUGCAGAGCUCUUGAUAAGCAGUCUUGCCGUCCCUAGAAAGUUUAUAUUUUUUGCCAAGGUGAUGUUUUCGCCUUCCUCCAUGUUUGGAAAAAGUACUGAACUCAAUGACCCUGAAACACGAAGCAUUGGGUUGUCAUCGUUUAUCGGUUGCGGGUCUGCUCGAUCGUUAGGAAAACUCUACAGCUAUAUUGCAAAUGGCGGCACAUGCAAAGGGAAGCAACUCUUUCCACCCAAUCUUAAUGAGCGCCUAACGAAACCAGUCACUUCAGGAUAUGACGAAUGCAUCACCAAGGAAAAUACCUAUGGACUUGGCUUUAUGUUCCGGGAUAAUCCACAGGUAGGAAACCUGGUCUUUGGACACCCAGGUCUUGGAGGUCAAGUGGUAUAUGCAGACCCAACCAAUCAGAUUUCUCUUGCAUACGUUACAAACUACAACUCCAUAUUUGGAUUCUGGGAUGACGCAAGGUUCUUGGAUUUGGAGAAGACGUUCUAUGAAUGUUUCCGCGAAUAUCAAACUACGUAAACCAACAUUCCUAUCACAAGAUAAAUAAUGACACAUUUUGCCAUGUGCUUACAGACUUUACAAUGUCAAAGUCGUUACAAUAAAAGACUUCGAAGUCGUAAAAUUACCGAACGGAACAUGUUUUGUCCACAUUUUGCAAAGCAACCUAUA